CCCUCGGAAUUUAAAGAGAGCCAGCGUCUUCCGUUUCGUUUUCAUCAUUGCUCACCAGUUUUGCGUCUGCAACAGUGAAUCGACGAGCGCUCGAAGAUAUUUUUUUUCGGUCGUGUCGGGUUGUCAUCGAUUUCGUGUCGUCUCGAGAAGUAAGAUCUGCGCAGUAACACACGCACGCCCGCAUUCGAGCAGGAGAAGGCGAGAGAAAUGGGAGCUCUGGAUCACUUCGCCGACCUCUUCGACUGUUCCGGCGGCAGCUCCAGGCUCAAGAGGCGCAAGCAGUUGCAGACGGUGGAGGUCAAGGUGAAGCUGGACUGUGAGGGGUGCGAGCGGCGGGUGCGGCGCGCGGUGGAGGGGAUGAAGGGCGUCCAGCAGGUGGACAUCGACCGCAAGUCGAGCAAGGUCACGGUGGUCGGGUACGUGGAACCCAGCAAGGUGAUUGGGCGCAUCAGCCACCGGACGGGCAAGAGGGCCGAGCUGUGGCCGUACGUGCCGUACGACGAGGUCGACCACCCGUACGCGCAGGGCGUGUAUGACAGGAAGGCGCCGGCGGGGUACGUGAGGUACUCGCAGGACCCUCGGCAGAACCAGCUGGCCCGCGCGAGCUCCACGGAGGUCCGCUACACCACCGCCUUCAGCGAAGAGAACCCGAAUGCCUGCGCGGUCAUGUGAACGCGAUCCGGAGAUCAGACGCCGCUGGAAUUUCCGUCCUACGAGGUUAAAGCUGAUUGGGUAGGAAGGAUUCUUCUAUCGUGCGAAUCUGUAAAUUAGGGUAAUAUCUGUUAUGUAUGGUUGGUUUGUCUUUUAUGUUUUGUUUCUGUUCGACCAUUAGGCUGUGUAGAAUCGAAAAUACAGAACAAACUUUGUUUUUACUUGAUGGGUUCUCUGCGAAUGAUAUCAUCUGUGUGGCAUUUACCUU